AUGGUUGUCACCCUUGUAUCUACCAGUGCCGGCUCUCUUGGUAAUGCAGCAGUCGCCGUGCCGCGCAACCUCGUCUCGGCCAGCUUCAGGGCCUUGGGACUCGAUUUUGGGCCGGCCGCUAUUACCGGAGCGUUGCGCACCUCUCCUCUAAUCACUCGAUCGCGUGGAGUCCAUUUAAAUACACCCAACUCAACUGUUCGUCGUUUUACCAGCAUUGGGAGGCUGGAGGCUUGUAGUCGCGGCUGGUCUAGUUUGAUAAACCUCAAUUCGGUUAGUCGUUCCUUGCCCUUUCAGCCAGAAUCUUUGGAACCUCAUAUGAUUAAACAUCUCCACAAUGACGACAUACUCAAUCCUGGUAACUGGGCAGAGUUAGGCCAGGAUGCGCUUGAAAUGGAGGAUGCAUUAGCUGGACAGGAGAGCGAUUUUGUACUGCGGCCGGAUCUAACUGCAGGCGAUCAUUUCAUAGCUUGGGCCAUACAAAUAGUGCUGAAGCUUCGUCUGAUAGAAUUGCGAUCUGAUAGCAUCGAACACGAACCCGCCGGAUUGUGCGAAAUCUCCCAUUUGAUCAUUCGCCUCUUGCAACCCGAGCUUCUGCAUCAGCUUGAAUCCGGAAUAGCGACCACCAACACCACUUUCCCGAAGGCCAGUCUACUCUCAUUGACUCCUGACAAUCCAGUAGCCCUAUUCAUCUCUCUGAACUUCUCGUUAUCUUUACCAACUUAUGCCUCGACUUCACUUUCUAGCCUACUCAUGAGUAAAUGUUACACUGGCGGCAGCUCUCAUUUCGUGUCCAAUGUAGUAAACGUUGGCCUGCCUGAAGCAGGCCCCACUUCUGAGGAUUUCUCCCAAAAGCGACUUUGCGCUGCCUCUUGUUUACAAGCUGUUCAUGCUAAUCUCCUUGCAGGCUUGGUUAAAUGUGGCUCUAUUCAGCUGGCUCUUGAGGGUUUAAGUCUUGUGCUAGGCCAAACUGGAAAAGACCACUCCAUCGGUUUUCUAUCGGACACGUCGAUGGCCCAUUCAAACCAUGAUGACUUGACUUCUACCACUUAUGAUAACAUCUCUUCUGCGGCUGCCGGCUACAACCAUCUUCUGGCCAUGUUGUUGGCUGCAACCGAGUCGAACGUCUCAUCACCUUUCGUUGGAGCCAGUCAAUCUUGGCGCUGGUUCCCUGCUUUCUGGCCCGCGUCUAGCCGAGCACCCAUGAGCGCAGACGGUUUCAUUCAACAGUCAGAGAGAUGCCGCCUAAUUCUUGCUCAUCUUAUUGGCCUUCUAACUGAGGCUGUGGUCCGAUCCGCUUCUCGUAGUUUUGGUAGACUGCUUCUGAAGGAAAGUAUUGAAGCCGUAGUUUUGGGGGUUAAUCACCAGGAUGAAACGAUCAAAUCUGCCGAUAAGAAGAAACCAAUGUCUGACAGACUAUCAUACAAUGAUUUGUAUAAUCUUCCAUCCACUUGGCCCCUGUCUAGCUCUGCCGUUUGCUUUAUUAAUCAGUUUAUGGCCAUUGAUUUCUGGAUGCUCGAUGCUUCGAAUCGAGAUGCUUCUGCCGUUGCUUCGAUGCGGAUGCCAACCUCUCCUUUGCUAGAAAGGGAGAUGAACUUUGACCAUCUUGUCGGCUGGGCGGAUACGCAAGCCAGUUUGGCUAUCGGCAAUGCGGCUGAAGUGAGUAAUUUAACGGAAUAA